UGUCUUUUCUUUGCCUAAAAAUUGCAACUUCUAUGAAUUGAACUUUUCAUCAGCAGUUUGCUCUUCUUUGAGAGAAAUCUAAAAACAGCUUUUGACUGUUGAUUAAUCAACAAUCUGCUCAGCUAUACCAAAGAUAGAGACUUCAUGAUCCGUCAUCUGUGACAAGAUCUAAUACAGUUUUCAAUAGUCAGAUAUGACAUUUGGCACAUAUAAUUGAAUAAGAAGAAAAAGUAAAAAUAUUGAAUGAAGAAUGUCAACCUUCAAUUAUCUUGCCAUGCAACUUCGUCCUUCAGUUGUACUUUCAUAUGAUCGAAUUCAGUUCUUUUGCUUCCCCUUCAUUUAUAGUUGAAAAAAUCCAAGCUAAAUGCUUGAAUUGGCUUCUCAUGCCAUAUUUUUCAUAACCCACAUUCACAUUUCAUCAAUGUCACAUUUUCUGAGUCCUAGAAAUGCUAUAAAUAAGGGAGCUUCUUGCAUCUCUAUAUGUUCAUAAGCAAACACCAAAAAUGAAUUCUCUAAGCUCUUUAAAUACGGUUCCAUUUCUCCUUGUCCUGCUCUUCACAGUUUCGCCAGCGAUUUUUGCUCACGAACAUGAGGACUUUCUUCAGUGCCUGAGCCUUAAUUCAGAGGACUCGGCUUCCAUAUCUAAAGUUAUAUACACCCCAAUCAACUCUUCAUAUUCAUCAAUCUUGAACUUCUCUAUACAAAGCCGUAGGUUCUCUACACCUACCACUCCAAAACCUCUCGUCAUUGUCACUCCAUUGAUCGUCUCCCAUAUUCAAACAACUGUAAUUUGUUCCCAAGAACAUGGCAUGCAAAUCAGGAUUCGAAGUGGUGGUCAUGACUAUGAGGGUUUAUCUUAUGUCUCAGAUGUACCAUUUGUCAUUGUCGACCUCAUUAACAUUCGAUCAAUUGCAGUCGAUGAAGGUACAAGAACGGCGUGGCUUGAAGCUGGAGCAACCAUAGGUGAGCUCCAUUACCGAAUUGCUGAGAAAAGUAGAAUCCUUGGCUUCCCUGCUGGGGUUUGCCCAACUGUUGGUUCUGGUGGACAGUUCAGUGGUGGGGGAUAUGGCUUGUUGUUGAGAAAAUAUGGUCUUGCUGCGGAUAAUGUAAUUGAUGCCCACUUGAUCGAUGUUAAAGGGCGGCUUCUAGAUCGAAAAUCAAUGGGAGAAGAUUUGUUUUGGGCAAUUCGAGGAGGCGGAGGAGGUAGCUUUGGAGUCGUCGUUGCAUGGAAAGUAAAAUUGGUUGAAGUUCCACCCACUGUGACUGUAUUCACAGUGAGCAGAACCUUAGAACAAAAUGCAACCCAGCUAGUGCACAAAUGGCAAUCUGUAGCACCUAAACUUGAUGAGGAUCUAUUCAUCAGAGUCAUAUUAGCGAGAGUGAAUUCAAGUCAAGAAGGGAGGAUGACAAUUCAAGCAUCCUUCAAUUCCUUGUUUCUUGGCAACACUGAUAGGCUCCUUCAAUUGAUGCAGGACAGGUUCCCAGAAUUAAAUUUGACUAGACAAGAUUGUGUCGAAAUGAGCUGGAUCGAGUCUAUCCUGUACUUCAAUGGAUUCCCAAUCGAAUCCCUGGACAUAUUACUGAAUCGGACACAACCUGAAGUAAGGUUCUUCAAAGCAAAAUCAGACUAUGUGAAAGAACCCAUUCCAGAAUCUGCAUUACAAGGAUUAUGGGAAAGGUUUUACGAGGAAGAGGCGGCUGACGCCCAACUCAUCUUAAUUCCUUACGGUGGUAUAAUGAAUGAGAUUGCUGAAUCAAGCAUUCCUUUCCCGCACAGAGCUGGUAAUUUAUACAAAAUUCAACACUCGGUGUACUGGGAAGAAGAAGACAAUGCUGCAUCACAAAAGUAUAUAAGCUGGAUCAGAAACCUUUAUAGUUACUUGGCUCCUUAUGUAUCUAAACAUCCGCGAGCAGCCUAUAUCAAUUACAGAGAUCUUGACAUAGGCACAAACAAUAAAGGCAACAACACAAGCUACAAACAAGGAAAGAUUUGGGGUGUCAAGUAUUUCAAGAACAACUUUGACAGAUUGGUUCACAUCAAGACCACGGUUGAUCCUGCUAAUUUUUUCAGGAAUGAACAAAGCAUACCGCCUUUUUCAUCGUGGUAGAGAUAGACAGAUGACUAUCAGUGUUCCUCUCUGCCUGAAUAAAGUUAUAUUUUCUUUUCUAUUUUAACAUGAUUAAAUUUCACAUAUGAAGAUUAUGUACCAGUGAAAUAAGCAUUUUCUUUGCAAUGAUUCAAUUUGUAGCACAACUGAUUGAAAAAUAAAUAAAUUGUAGCAUGAAUUUGUUCAUAGAUUGUCCAGUUAUAGAAAGUGUGCAUUUCCAUCUUCUUUUUCUUCCUACGUUUCUAUUGUCCAUUCUCACUUCUUGGGGUAGAUUUCCUUCUGAUUACUUGUUUAGGGCCGUUUAUGUAUA